GAACCAAGAAUACAGGAUACACUGUCAACACUCAUUUGCACAAAUCGAACUCUAAAAGAAAAAUGUUCCACUGCAAUCACUGGAUUCGCUAGGGUGUCAUAUUUGAAAAUUAGAUUUCUAUGUCUUGUAUCUCGUUUACUUAAGAUAACUGUAUGCACAAGAAAUCUAGAGAAAUGAGUGGCGUUGUUAUGACCUUAGUUUCAGAUACGUAGCAGCUUUUAGAAUUACAUGAAGACUUUAAACUUGAUUUGCAUAUAUCAUGCACUGAAUCGCAUCAUUUAAGCCAGUAAUUGCAUUUUGGAUAUAUAUUUAUUAUGCUGAUAGAUAAUUUAGGAUUUGAGAUUAGGAUGUCAUUUCAAAUAUGAAUGGGCGUAACGUUCUAUGUAUUGAUCUAUUGCCUACUGUUACUGUUAUCUACUGCGACAUCCUGGGAUUGCAGACCAUUUGAAGAGAACAGGCCAUACACCUUAUCAACAAAGUGGCGCCCUACGAAGUACGACAGCGACAAAGUAGCGUGGGUGAAAAAUGGCGUGAUCUAUGCCACGUGUGACACAGACCUGUCUUGCGUGAACUACUUUGACCACGUGACAGAAAUAAGGACAGCCCUGAACCAAGACGGGUUCUCCUGGGUGAACCUCACCAUCCUCAACGCAACCCGAAGAGAAGCUGGUGUUUGGACCUUGAAGUAUAUAGAGGGCAUAGAGACCCAGGCUUCUAUCGUAGAACAAUGUGAUCUAAAGUCAUAUGUAAAAGCUGAGAGUGUACAUUGUAACGCAACACGAGCAAGUGAUGGUGUGUCUGUACAGUGUGUCGUUACACGUGUGUGGCCUCAGGCUGUGUGUAUAUUCAACACAUCAUUACACCAUAAAAAUGUAACACAUCGACACGAGCUCAAUGCACAGACACCGGUCUAUUACAACACAGUGUGUAGUGCCAAUGUAUUAGACACAGGCAGCUUUGACCUUGACAUAACUGUGUUCCCGAAUUUCGCUGGAGGUAGAAAUGAUGACAAGUACUCGUUUAGGACAUCAUUUCAUUACAACAACAUUGACAAUACAUUUGUGAAGGUUGAUAGAAAAGGCAAAGGAAGGGAAGACAACAACGUAAUACUUAUUAACGAAACAGAGUUGUCUGAUCCUGGUCAAGUUCCAAAUAAAGCUGAACAAUUCAAAUCCGUCACUGUUGAUUUAACACCCAGUAAGCCAGAGCGGUGUGAUCAAAGUUCAGACAAGUACAGCCUACACAUACUUUGUUCUUUUGUUCUUGUGUUAUCAUCAAGCUUCCAGUGUCAACUUCUUAUAAAAACCGAUCAAGGAUAUCUACAAUUUCAAAGUUCACUCGAGCAAACGGAAGUGACAUCCAACGAGCAAACCUCGUUCUCGCCUGACUGCAUGUUUGUUGUGCCUAGAACUAGCUUGAAACCUGACACAUACGUGGCUACAGUGAUACUACUAGAAGAAGGCAAGCAACACCCUGGAAACAACAGAUCUAUUACCUUUCACAUAGAUUUAGAGCCAACUUUACUUGCCAAUGUUACAUCUCAAUUUAUCCAGCCAGCUUCUUUGAAAAGUUUUCUUCUCUUUCUGUUGGCAGCAUCUGUAGUGACCUUGGCUGUGAUAUGUCUUCUGGCUUACAAGUUUAGAAAUGUCUUGAAGUCAGAACGUGUAAGGCUCUGUGUCACGAGGUCAACAAGUCUACACAGCGGUGUGUAUGAGGAUAUAGAUGAGCGGCUAUCAUCUCUUUCAUCAAGCACACAAGGGAGAGAACAAGCGUAUGUUAAUACAACAGCUACCAGAACUGUUUUGUCGGUGUAGAUUAUCUAACUUUAAAUAUAUCUUGAAAUAUAUCUUUUGGAUAACAAGACUGAUUAAAACAAACUGAUUUUCAUUGAAUGUUAAAAAAAAUAAACUUGAUAUACCCCGAAAUAGAAGCUUUUUAAAGAAAGAUUUUUCAUUAGUUUGUAUUUACAGAAAUGAAUUUUUAAGUUUGAAAUUUGCUUUGUAUUUGUUAAUUAAUCUUUGUUCUAUCUAUUAUUCUUUGUAAGAUAUAUUUUAUUAUUUCAAAAUGUCCACAUAGAAGUUUAAGGAUAAAGCUACAAGUUGAAACGCUAUAGUAAAUCCUUAUCUUUAGGCCUACUAAGAUGAGAUACACAGAUACUGUUGUUUGUACUUAACAUCUGAUGGGAGCUCUUAGUACAAGUACUUCAGUUUUUGAUAACACUUAGAGUUUUUGAGUUUAUCAUUACUUGAAGAAUUGAAAGACUCCUAGGGUAAAGAAAGUUCACUUCAGCCAGCAUAAACACAUUCCUAAAACAGACGAACUCUUAAAGCUUUGAAAGAUUACUUUAAUAGUGUAUUCAUUUAAGGUCAAUCUUGCGACCUUUAACAAAAUAGAAAGGUGUAAUUAAAGUAUUGCUUUUAAGUGGUGCAACUUUUAUACUUAAAGCAAGCUCAGAGUGCUAUGGUCCAAUCUCAUUUGUAGACUAGAGGGAGGGAGGGGGUAUCUGGGAGAAGUUUUUUUCUUUCUGUCUUUAGGCGUUCAGUAAAAACAACUCUGCUCAAGUCGGGUGUCGAACCUCGAGCCCCCUUCAUAGUUAGCCAAGCCAAACCAAUGUUCAAACAUACUUAACCAGGGGAAAGGGAUGAUAGGUAUUCUCUUCCUUAACCCUUGUAUAUAAGGAGAUCCAUCAACUAUAUGAUCGAUAAAUAACAAGCUUUUAGUCUGGCACACAAGUCCAUGAGUCUACGUCCCAGAUAGGAUAAAGCCUAAAAAAGGUCUAACUUCAUAUCACGAGUAGUCCACACGUUAGUAAGUUUCUACAUAGAAAGAGAAGAGAAAAAUGAACCAAAGAUUAAUGUCAAAAGUGGUGAAUGAGAAAAUAUAGACAGAGAAAAAGAAUGAGAGAGAGAGAGAGAGAGAGAGAGAGAGAGAGGUUGGAGGGGUUAAAAUGCAUAAUCUAAUCCAGAACGAAAUAAAGAAAUGUUCUCCUUGCAGGUCCAUUUACAGAUGAAAGCACUUUGUUAGGAGCGAAAAGAAAAGGGAGUGGGGA